UGGGGAGGCCAGCAUGGGACUGAUCUGGACCCCCCAAAUAGCUUGGAUUACUAUGCUGCCUCUCCUCUAUGCUGACGAACUGCCAAUGUCAGAAGAUAACACUGAUCGGGAGUGCAACUCUCGAAUGCCAGCAGAGGACACUGAUCGCGAGCACACCUAUGGAAUGCCAGCAGAGAACACUAACCGCGAGCAUAACUUUGGAAUCCUGGUCACUUCCUGAAGCCAACUGCCAUUCCAGUUAUUCGCUUGGGCUGCCGACAAGUGAACGGUCUUGGGAAGAAAAGCCUUUUACAAACACAAUCGCUUAACUUCUUCCUAUAUCCAGUUGCCAUUGGAGUUCAGGCUCCACCGGUGAACUUUCCUUGCCUGCAGAGAACACUGAUCCGGAGCCUCUCUCCGGAAAUUUGACCACUACUAGAGGCCAAUUGUCACUCCAGUUCUUCGCUUGGCCUACCAGAAGUGUGCACAGGUAUUGGGAAGUAAAGACUCCUAUAAUUACAAUCACUUACCCAAUUUUUUCUUGCCAGUUGACAUGGGAAACGUCCUUCAAGGAUCUUUGCCUAAGGUAAAUGACUUAAGACAGUUUUCUCUGCUCAACUGUAUUAGAAAUUACCUGCUUAGAUCAGUGGAGAGAGGCCUACGGGCAUCAGCUUGGCUGUGGGCAUUUGAGCACACAUCGUGUUCUCUCAGCAACCAAGGUGCAAAUGAUGAGGUUUACACCUCAACCAAAAGCCUGGAAUAUUUGCCAACCAGUAUUGCCCAGAAGGAUUUGUCACAUCAAAUACAGCUGCCAAAGUCUGUGCCCACAAUGAGGUUCAGAGACUCCCAUGUGGACCAGGAGGCAGGCCAGAAAUGCAGGUGGGUCUGGUUACCUGACUCUGGACAUACAGGCAGUCAGCACUGUUUUGCAGGCCCUGAACUAUUUACCGACAAUCCAGACACUUCGGGCGCCACAAAAGAUCUGAGUCAGGACAAGAAAGAAAAGAGACUACUCUUUUUGAAGGUCCCAGAGAUCAUGAGAAACACACUGAGCAGCGAUCCCAGUCUAUCUGCUUUUCAUCCUGUCAUCAGAAAAAGACCUAGUUCAUAUUUUCAACCCAGACCUGUGAAGGCGACAAGAUCCUUGGAUAUGUCACUUCUGUUGGAAGAGAAUGUGGAUUGUUGUCCACUCUGCAGUGGAGUAGCUGCAAGGUCUUCAGGACCUGGACAAAGAGAUGACAAAGCAAAGGUGACAGAAAACUAUGAAGUAACAGCUGGACCAUCUUCCUCUGAUCAACAUGAACUGGUAAACUCCCCAUCAAAUCAAAAGUCCAUGAAAACUGCCCCAUUUACUGAUCAGGUUUUGAAAUGUUCAAAAUCUGUUCCAGGGGGUAGGGUCACCUCAACAUUUGUCCAUGGGAAGCAGAGAUCUUCCAAAUAUCUGGAAGAUAAACACAGAUGUGUCCCCUCCACGGAACAGGGCUUAAUUCCUUUUUCCUGUAGUGAAGGAUACCAUAAACAUUCCAUUAGUCUUGGAAGAAAACAUAGGCAAUCUCACACAGACCAGUCAUGUCCAAAAUCUACGAAUCUAGAACAAAAUGAUUCUAAGCAAUUGCCUUCUGCAAUUAGCAAUAUCCGAAAUUCAAAAUACAUUCAGAAUGGACUGACCAGUAAUUUUACAUCAGUUCAAAGGUUAAAAAGUUUGGCAUUUGAUAAAGAGGAUCCACCUUUCUGCAUGAAUACACAAGCAGAUACUGGCGCUGACAAAUGGGCGCAAGUUCCUAGACUAACUUUAUUGAAUGCACAAGGCCUUGCACAUAAUACAUCUGAUGAAUGGGACAUUGAUAUUACUCCUGGGAAUAACUCAUUUGUAGAUAUUAAAUCAUUCACAGAAGGGACACAGGAUACUUCAUGCUAUCUGGGAGGGGCUAUAGCACCACCCACAUGUGAGGGAGUUCUAGAUAUUAAAUCAUUCACAGAAGGUACACAGGAUACUUCAUGCUAUCUGGAAGGGGCUGUAGCACCACCCAAAUGUGAGGGAGUUCUAGAUAUUACAUCACUCACAGAAGGGACACAGGAUACUUCAUGCUAUCUGGUAGGGGCUGCAGCACCACCCACAUGUGAGGGAGGAGGUUUGGCUAAUUCAUCACUGUCAGAGAGGAAUGUGGACAAAUUUUGCUCUGGCCCUGGGAGUUUUGAGCCCUUGCAUUUCAGUCAGGGGAGAGUAAAACUAUCCAUUCCUAAAGAAUGGACAUACAAAGAUAUGUCCCCCAUGGAGGAACAGAUACCACAAACUCCCUCUUACAACAUGAUGUCAAGAUAUUCCUUCACUAGGAGAAGUAGACUGAAACAGGAAACCAUACCAAAAAGAAGCAACACUAGAACAGAAUCAAAUCUCAAUGGCCAGGAGUUGCUAAAAUCUGACCCAAUAAAUCCCCACCAUCUCUUAAGAACUGACCAUGUCCUAACAACAAACACUUCUGAUGAAUGCAACAGAGACAGUAUUAUGGCAGCACCUGUUCCUAAAAACAUUCCUUCAUUUUCUGAAGAGUCCCAGGUUGCAUCAAACACUACUGGAGAGGCCUUAACACAAUCCACAAUGAAGGAGAGUGAUCUGGCUGACACAUCCUUUAAAGAUGUGGCUGGAACACAAUUUUGUUCCAAUGCUACAUUUAUUGGGCCCUUUCAUUUCAAUCAAAAAACAGUAAGACUAUACAUUCCUGCAGAAUGGAAAUACACACAUACUUCCUACCAGCAAGAGGGUAUCACUCAUUCCCACUCAUACAAAAUGAGGAACAGGGUUAUUUAUUCUAAGACAGGGAGAUUGAAACAAGAAAUUACAACACAAGGAAAAUUCAAUAGAUCAAAACAAGGUCAAAAUAGACUAGAUUGGCUAAAAUGUGACAUUCAAACUCCCAUUACCAUCUCAGAAGCAAGGAGAAGGCAAUCACCAACCAUUUCUGAUGAAUGGGACACUGAUACUAUAAUGGGGACACCUGAGUCUACAGAAAAUCCUUCAUUCUCAGAAGACCCCAAGGUUAAUUACACUGUAGCUAGAGGAGACAUUGCAGCAUCCACAGUUGAGGGAGGAUUCCUGGGUGAUGAUGUGCCCCCAGCGAAGGGGGCUCUGCCCCAAAUUUGCUCCUUCCCUGACACUUUAAAGACUUUGGCAUUUAAUCAAGUGCCAAAAACACUCUCGAGACCUGCAGAUUGUGAGGUCACACAUAUGCCCUCUCAGGUGGAAGAGCUGAGACCUUCGGCCUCUACCAAAGAGGGCCCCAUGACCUCCUCUUCUAUGAAAAGAGGCAUGAAACAGGCAGACAAAGCACAAGGAAACCUCCGUAGAACACAGCCUGAGGACAAUUGCUCAGGCCAGAAAUCCUGUGUCCCACAAACUUCCACCUCGGCUUUAACAUCUGAGACUGGCCCAGGGUCCAAUACAGAAUUUGAAUGCAACGUUGACAUUGUUCUAGGUAAAUCUGGGUCUCUAGACAUACGACUAAUCCCAGCUCAGGCUCAGGUAACUUGCAUCUCUACUGUCAAAACCCACAAACACAGUCCACAACUGAGAGAGGUGUUCUGGAUGAACCCUCAACUACAGAGUUGUCUGUGGAAGCAUUUGGCUCUUGCCAGGGUAGUUUUCUACCCUUGAAUUCCACUCAAGGCCGUGCAACACAAUCCAAACCUGCAGAGUGUUCGUACACACAUACACCUAGCACAAAGGAUGGUAUGACACAUUCUGAAUCUUUCAAAGUCGAUUCCAGAUUCUCCUCCUCUGGGAGAGGCAGAUGUAAACAGCAAGAAACAACACAAGGAAGCCUCAAUAUAUCACAUUCUGAUGUCACAUAUUCAGGCAAAUCUUACGAUGAAGACCUACAACCACCCAUAUAUGCCUUAAAAUCAGA